AUGUGCAAAGAGUUAUUACUUGCAGGAUCAGUCAUGACCCCGAAGGCUUGGGGAUGGAAAGGAGGCAUAGCGGCAUUGGUCUGGGCUUUCCGUUGUCAGGUUCUGGGUCAUGGUGAUAGUGAUUUAGUGGUAAUGAGCUCGGCUGAUAGCCGACUGUUUAUUCACGAGCAGCUUGGCUUUUUAUGUUAA